AUUACAAUGAAUAAAAAGUUGAUGGCAACUCAACUCCAUAUUUUCUGUGGAGUUGAUGACGUUAUUUCGUAUGAAUACAUGAUUGGUGGCAUUAACUAGCUCGUUCUGCGCAUGUGCAGGAUUAAAGGUUGGCUUAAAAGAUAAUGUUGGUUCAGAGGUGCAAUAAAAGUUGUUCCUGAAGCUGCCAUUGUGCAUGCGCACUAGAGAUCUGGAUUAAACUUUGAUACGGGAUUAACUUUUUUGGUGCGCACAGAAAACGCUUAUAUAUCUAAGCUAUUGGCUGGAACGUUCAUUUUUGUUGAUUUAUCUAUUGUGGUGUCAGUCGCCUCGUCUACCGGGAACAUCUGCGGCCCGAUAUUUGAAGGUGUACACUGUAGUAGUCGGCUAUAAACGAAAACCAAAUAAAAAUGUUAAGACAAUAUUUCUUGGUCUUGCAAGUGUUUUUCGUUUUCUCCUUGGUUGCGGUAUUUUACCUAAAAAAACUCGACGUCACCGUAAUGGGCUUAAAGCCACGAAGACAGGCGGAGAAAACGCCGGAAUUCCUCUCGGAUGACGUCACCACUAAGGGUCGUCCAAGUCCUGCCGCGCCUCCGUCAACCACGCAGUCGCCUCCUUCAUCCGCUGAUGACCCCGCCUUCCGUUCCUGCGCCUGCUCGCUCUCCGUCAUGAGCAAAGCUGGCGUGUAUGAUGAACAGCUGGAGACCGUCGUUCCGUGGGCGAACCUCACUACCCGACAAGCGCUGGAGAAGCAGCAUCCCAACUUCCCGCUCAACUUGGUCAGAAGCUUUGACAAGAAGUGGUGCCAUCUGUUGCCGAUGCCGCAUCUAAUAAACUGGAAUAAUAUAUACCUCCAGUCUGUAAAGGUUUCAAACACUACUUUUCUGGUCUACUCGGCUUUCUUUGAUAACCGGGAGCUCACAGAUCUGCGGCCCUGCAUCCGGAUAGUGGCAUACGCGCAAACAAAAUUCCCUGACGUUCCCUGGUGUUAUAUCUGGUUCAACUCUACGGGGCCGCCCGUCGUCUCUCGCGUCGCCAGGACAGAAUUUUUGGAUUGCAACCGAGAUCUGCGACGCGGCAGAUGACCUUUCCCUUUUCUCAC